UUUGUGGACAAGAUUUUUCGUCUCUGUCUCCGACCAAGUAUACCGUCUCAACGCGAUGGCUUUACUCUUUACGCACACAUACUAGAACGAGCACGAGCAAAAAAAAAUGGCGCAGGAGUUUAGCAUAUCCUCCCCGCGGGACUCGAAAGAGUCCAGCAGUAGCGAACCUUUCUUAUCCAAUGGGGAGAUUGGCGGAGAGCACGAGGGACAGAGAGCCAAGCGGACAAGUUACAGCUUCCGAAAGCACAUGUUUGCGCACGCAAACACGUUACUGAAGCGGAACCACACUCGUCAGACUCUAGAAGACUUCGCGAGCCUGAUGCAAAAAGUGGCGGACAUGGAAGACCGGUACGCAAAAGAAUUGAGCACUCUCGUUGCAAAUUCCAGGACCAAGACCGGAACAACGCCAACGACCGACCAAGGUGGAGCUGUAUCUUUGUCCUCAACAGCCGGUGGCACUAGCACAACGGAAAUGUCGUCUCCACCUAACGCUGGCAUCAGCUCGAUAGAGGAAGCCUACGACGCCAUACGCUCGCUGCUCGCGAACCGUGCGGACCAGGGGACGGCGCUCGCGGAUCAGAUCCGCACGGACGUCGGGCUGAUGCUGCAGAGCAUGCUGCAGCAGCAUCACAUUGUGCAUCAAAACAUGUCGGUCGACGCAGCCAGAGUUACAAAGUUACGCAUAGCAAAGCACCACAAUUACGACAUUCUGCGCGAAAAGUUUAAGGAGACCAGCAGGAACGCGGAAAAAUUGUUUCUGAAACACAGGCAAAGUCUGAAUCAUUCUGGUUUGGGGAACUACUUCUCCGCAUCCACGUCGGGGAGCCCCCCUCCACUUUUCACUGCAGCACCUUCGCCCGACGACACCGACAGCGAUGCGCAGGCGGCGAAGCGAAACGCCCAGCAGAGCAGUUUGUUCGACGCGAUAAAGCGUGCCUUCAUUUUCGAAGACGAGUUCAAGCGUGUGGCCGUCGAAGCUUCGCAGGCAGAGGACAUGUACUUUCUGCAGAUGAACGCUAUCUUGGACGCGCUGCAGGACAUGGAAGAGAAAAAGCUGCAGUGCUUCCGCGAUGCCAGCAUGAAGCUCAUGGUGUAUGAGACCAGCUACGUGCGGAAUCUGCAGUAUGAUAUCGAAACGAUAUUCAAGUGCUGCGAAGACGUGAACCCGGCCGGCGAUCUGCAAAAGUUCAUAAAAGACCAGCACGACAGGGAGAAAAACAACAAUAUUAAAACUGGCCAGACCCUCCACCCGUCAUCACCGUCGAGCGCGCCCAGCGCAACAGUAAAUCCUGGCGCAUACCUGGCCGCGACAAAGCGGGACUUCAGGUUUGUUCCUUAUCGCGCGCUGGUGCAAGAUCAAGACAGCCUUUCCGGACUUCUUGCGACCAGCGAUAUUGUUGCUUCCACGUCUCCGCAGAACGCGACCCAUGACGAGGCUGCCAAGAAAGACACGAAAAACGCGCAGCUGCUUGCGGCCUGCUUUGAGAUGUUGUUCUCCACCCGAGAUGACACAUCAAUAAAUGCGGCCUCGCCGAAAACGAAAAGCAGUUUCGAUUCGGAGAAGUUUUCUAUGUUGCAGGCUGCCAUGCGGAAUAGCGCGGGUCUUCGUCGAGCAUUUUUCGGAAUGCUGCGGGAGGAGAUUUUGCUGCAGGAAAAGAUGCCUUGCUGGUCAGUCGCAGAUCUAGAAGAAGAAGGAGACGCUAAGCAACAAAGUCCCGGCGCUCUGGAUUACGGGGCUUUUGCGACGCACGAUCCCGGACUGCCUGAUGUCCUGUCGCAGCCUGCGACAUCAGAUCUCGCGAGAUCGCCAACCAGUACUGGUGCUGUUGCGACAAAAGAAGUUCCGAAAACCCCAUCGGAGUUCCUGAUCACAAUCUUUCAGCAGGCCACCGACCAGAUUGACGCAGCAAAAACAAUAGACACGGCGCUCGCGGUUAAUGUCGUCAACCUUUCUCGCCACAUCGACGUCUUUGUCCCCGUGCUGGAAGGCAGAAUAGAGACGAAGAGGAGGAGAACCCGGGUGCAAGAAGCGAUAUUCCACGCGCCGUUGUGGAGCAAAGAGGCAUUUUGGGAAGAGAUGGCCGCGAUGGUGAUCAGCGACGCAUGGCAAAAGUACGCGAGAGCAGUGUGGUUUGCGAAAAGACACGCUGAGGAGAAAAAUACUGCAUCAAACAACGGCUUAUUUGUGUCGUUGAAAGCUGUUUCUACGCCUGCGGACGACACGGACACUGUGCAAGAGAGAAGUGCUGAAGACCCGUGGGAGAGCUGCCCAGCGAUUCUCGAAGAUGUGGUAUACAUUCAUAGGGCAUUUUUUGAUAACGGAAAUUCCUUUCGAAAAAAUAUUUGAAUUGCAUGCGUUUAGAAGAAUAAUCGAGAUUCAGCAAGUCCCUUCUUUGAGGUGGUAUUCUCCAAGAGCAGAACUGUGAUCUUGAUGCAAACACAGGUUACUCUCGCGCUCCAAAUGGAGUCUUUCGGCGUAGAGCAGGAAGACGUGGUUCGCGUGAUUCUAAAAACUGCCGCACAGCAUUACGAUCACCUCGCGGCUCCGGUGCUGGACCGGUUUCUUGCGCUACUCACACACCGAAUUCGAAAGACCACGGUCACAAUAGCGAUAUAGCUUUGUACAGAGAAUAAAGCACAACAACCAAGACGAAAACGCGGCACAUUG